ACAAAUGAUGAGAAGUUUGUUGUUUAUCUUUAACCUUAUUCCUGAUCAUUAUGAACAAAGUAUUAAAUUUGUUCAAUAUCAUUCUACGAUAUACUAUUAGAAUGGUUGACUAACAUGUUGGAGGCUGUCGCCGGUUGCUUUCAAUUUAGAUGUUUGAAAGCAUUGCCGUGAGAAUAAGAUUUGAUUGCGUCCGUCUCACCCGCUUUGUCAACAGAUUUUAACAAGGAACAAAAAAUGGGGGAUCCAGAUGUGUGGCCGUUACUACUUGAAAUGACAAGAGAUGAAUGUAAACGAAUCCUAAGAAGACUAGAGCUGGAAGCAUACAGUAAUUUAGUCUCAGUGCUCAGAGCUCAAGGGAGCCUAACACCUCAGAAACGUCGAUUACUUCAAAAUGUUGCGCAAACGCUCAGCAUAUCAGAGGAAAGGCACAAGGCAGAAUGUAGACGCGCAGUCAACAGUGAAAAGCUAGCUACCAUAGCAAAACAAAUGGGAGGUGCAAAUUCUGGGACAGAGUGGGCUAUUGAGGGCCGGAGACUUGUUCCACUGCUACCACGGCUUGUUCCACAAACUGCUUUCACUGCAAUUGCCGAUAAAGUUGCCAACAUGGCUAUGACAGAAGGUGCAAAACUACCUCUUCCUACUCCCCCUGUAAAGAAAAGACUUUCAUCACCACCUAUUGAUGAAACACUUCUAGAGCCCAAUGUACCUGAGGCCAGCAAAACUCUUCAAAUAUCUUCUGGAAGCCCUCUUUCUGUUACCAUACCUUCCAGUGAACUUCACCAUCAGUCCAGCAAACUGUCAGCUACCAAUUUUCUUGACUCUCCUCAACCACCUCAAGUUAGCCCUUUGAUUUCAAAACAAUUGCUGCAGGAUGCUGAUUCUAUUGUCCCUCGAACAAAUCUGCCGUCCUCAUCAGACUUCUCACAACCAGAUCAGAUCAAACAAGAGGGUUCUUCAGGACAAUCUUCUCACACUUUUCAGACAGCUCUUCCUCCAGUCUCUCCAGGUGCUUCCCAACAUUUGGUCCAGACAUCUCAACAAUCAUUACAGAAAUCUCAAGUUGUAUUAUUUAUGAAGAAAGAGGAGAAAUCACAAGAAGAACGUUUAUCACGUAAGCGACCAAGAUCAGCAUCUUUAGAUAUGGCACUGAAUAUUCCAGCUCAAGGAUCGAUGCUGCCUCCUCCUGUGAAGAAGGAAGCAAUAUCUCCUUUGUCACCACUGGGUUCUGCAUCGCCUCUAGGUCAGCUCCCCCCAACCAUAUCUCCUCAGAGUCAUAGUCAGCUAGUUCAGCAACAGACACUGCAGGCUGCUGCUGUGGCUGCCGCCGCCGCAUCUGCUUCAUCACAGCAAGUACAAUCUCCUGUCCCUCAUCAACAAGUACAGCAUCAUCAAACACCUUCACAACCAUCAGCUCCUGUGCCAUUGCAAUCAUCUCAACUUCAGCAACAGCCACCACCCCCACAGACCUCUAGCACACUAUCUAAUGCGUCACAACCAAGCAACACCUCAUCAAACUCAUCUAGAACUAUAACAAUCCCUUCUCAGGGAACUGUCAAAUUAUCACUUUCAACAACAACACCCAAUUCCGUGACAGGGAUUCCAUCUGGCACUCAUAAGGUUAUUAUUGUGUCCAGUACAACUCCCAGCAUUCUGCAACGAUCUCUCAGUGUGCCUGUUGUAAAGUCACUUUCAACCAAUGCUCCCAGCCAAAAUUCGCCUGCAACAUUAGCCCUUAAUACUGCUCAACAAACUCAUCAAGCAACAAGCACUGCUACUUCUAGCAGUGUUGAUACAUCCUUUAACACCACUCCAGCAGUGUCAACCAGUUUACCCAGCAAAGUCUCAGGAAAACUUUUCUCACAAUCCACACCAAAGACAAGGCCAAGAGCAAACUCUAUUGUUAUUCCUGUCACCCCAAAUCAAGCAAAUGUGAUGAGUGGUGUUGGUGUUACAAGUGUUCAGCUGAAGUCUGCUUUGCAAGCUGGCAAACCAGCUGUACUUAAAUCUGGUGAAACUGGUGGGCUAAAAAUAAUGCCUCUGUCUAAUGUGGGAUCUAAUUCAAAACUGCUGCCAAAGGCUGCAGGUUCUACUCCAGUGUAUGUUGUUGGCUCAACCUCAACAGCAAGUCCUACUGUUUCAAUGGUUGCAAGGACUGUUUCGUCAGGUCAACGUGUGAUGACUUUCACUAGCAGCUUACCAAAAGUUGCUGUGAGUACUUCUCAAGGGAGUAAUGUGAUCUCUAUGUCUUCAAAGCCUGUUCAAACACUGCAAUUGUCUCAACCUGGUAGUGUAGUCACAUCUUCAGGAUCAAUACCGCUAUCAACAUCUGGAAAACCUAAUGUUAUUGUGGUCCAAAAGGGCUCAACAGCUUUUGGCCGAGGGGUAACUCUUACUCAUGGAGGCAAGGAGGUUGUUGGGAAAGUUCUCUUAGGGGGGAAAGCCCUGACUUCCUUAAACCCAGGUCAGGUUCAGAGCUCGUCUCAAGUUGUCACCACGUCAUUGAACCAAACUUCAAAUUUACUAUCACAAGUUGUUGCCACCCAAGCAGGAACAUCAUCUACCUUGCAAUUAUCUCAAAGUUCUACCCCUGUAACAACCUCAGCUCCCACCAGGGUAGUGACUGUUCAAAAGUAUCCUAAUACUCAAGGAGCUGGUGGCUCUGGUAAUGUUAUUGUCUUGGAUCUUAGUCAAGAACAAUUAAAUAACUCAGCCGUGCUCAACGAAAUUUUAGCAUCUAGCAUUCUUCAGUCAAGUUCCGUCAUGAACUUUAAUCAUGGUGCGGUUGGUGAUCCUGGUGUCACUUCAAUAAACUCGUUGAAGGGCCUCCUUAACUUCCCAACAGAGCAAAGUGGCACUGAUUCAGGUGUGUUGUUAAGUGAUGGGAAUAUUUUGGUGGAGGGCCUUGACCAGUCACUUGCCAGUCAAUCUACCAAUAGCUUUUCUUUUGAGGAAGAUAACAUAUCUGAAUACUCCACUGCCUUAACAGAAAAGAUUGACAAUCAGAGUUUUGUUAUGGAUGAUAGCUCCAUUGAUGGUGCACAAUCAUCUAAUGGGAAUACAUCUCAAACAACAAGAAGCCAUACUGACAUUUGUGCAACAGCAAUGUCUAAUGCUAACUUAAAUUUCAAUGAUCUUAUGGAUGAAAGCAGUCUUGAUGGUAUGCAAGGAUUAUCUCUGGAUGGUAUGAAGAUGGAUUUAGCUCCAGAAUCAGACAGCAAUCCUAGUAACAUUGGUACUGGAGAAGGCACUAAUGAGAAUUGGGUGAGGAAUGCGGAAAGUCUUCCUACUGAUAGCUCUGACUUUUCAUGAGGUACUUUAAUUUUCCUCUUGUAAAACUUUAAAUUUGUUCAAUAUCCACCGUAUAAACACAUGUAUAUACUUAGUGACUCAAGGAGGAAGACAAAAAUUUAUUUUGUAAGUUGUUAUAUUGUGUAAUUUAACUGGAGCAUUAUUGUUUUGUUAUAAUACGUAUUCAUAUAUGUAAAAAUAAAAAUUGAUUAGAUCUAUCGAUCUAUCCACCUUCCUUCGUA